AUGGUCCAUGGAAAUCUGAGAGUAGAGUAUUUGAACUUAGGACAAGGUAAGGUAAAUAUGGAUUGAAUAAUCCCCGUUUUUGUCCUCAAUGGUGUUGGUAAGGUUUGUCCUUGUUUUGUGCUAGUUAGAACCUUUGCUAGCUGAUAUGCCUUCUUGUCAUUGUUCUUAAAUAUUCACAAACUCCUAUUUCUCGUCGGGCGAGUGCUUCCAUUUCAAGCUCAAAUGGGGGUAUCUUUAUUUAAGGAUCAGAUUACGUUAUGACGGAUGCCUUUAUAAUACGAGCAGCAAGCCCUGUAACCUGGUCAGUAGAAGUGAAAAUCACGUAUGAAAAACCUCCCAAAAUAGUAUCGAGGGGUGAGACGAUGAAUGUUCCUAUUCAUAAUAGGCUCGAUUACUAAGAGCCUGCUGUUUGGUCCAAGUCAGUGGUAACAAAACAAAUGGGAAACUAUAAAUUAUUUACAUUACGACUACUCGAACCGGGGCACUUGAAAGAAGAUUGUCCAAUUACAGCGAUUUCUGAAAACAAAAGAUUAUCAAUUUCUGUUGCCCCCCGAAAAUUUUCCAUUCGAAAGACCCAAAAAUUCGUGUUCCAUUUACUUCCAAACCGGAUUUUCCGCAAACAUUUUAUAAUUGGUAAACAACCUCUAUUACAUCUCCUAUGUCCUUUGCCCCUUUGCUGUCUUGCUCAGUUAGGUUUGCUCUAUGCAAUCUACUUAGUUACUCUUGAGUGAAAAAGUCUUGAAUAUCGUUGUGAAUUUACAAUUUUUCUUGUAAAAUCUGUCGUUCAAAAAUGUUUUCUAAUGAACUUUUAGUCUGAAUUUUUUUGGAUAGCAUUCUGUUUUCACUCGGGCCUAAAUAACUUUUGUUUUAAAAUAUGCUUAUAAUCAGUCGUCUGUUUUUCUCACCUGAGUGCUGGCGAAUGAUUUCUGAAUUAUACAUCUCACUUCACGGUCGAUUCUUUGACUUCUUUGGUAGCCCGAGCUUGUUUUUACCUUUUCUUGCUUAGUGUGUAUGUUUUCCCCUCAUUUUUUUUUGGACUAUCUUAAUAUAAGCUUCAUAUCUUCUUAUAUUAAAGCAAAGCAAUUUUAAGUUAAAACUCAUAAGCUCUGGUGCUUGUUACAUUAUAACUGAAAUCAUUUUGCGUUUAUAAUUUAAAACGGUGUAAAGUUAACAUUUUUUGGCUCCUGCACAUAAACUUAAGUUAAGAGUAAAAUGAAAGUUAAAUAGAUUUGUAAAUUCCCUUCCUGUGGGAUCGUUUCUUGUUUCAGGUAAACGAUUCAGCUUAAAUGGACGCUCCACUUGUAUGUUUACCAGAGUUUAUAUAUUUAUUUAUUUAAACAAUUUAAAUAUGUUCAUUUGUCGCCUUUUUAGAAACCAGAAGGAACUGGGACGAGUUAACUUUCUUAAAGACUUCUUGGAUCGCUACCGGGGACACGCUAUUCAGCUAUUGGCCAAUUUGAUUGCCCUGUGCUUAGUAACAAUCCCAGAAGUCUUUGAGAAAGUUAACUUGUCCCAGUUUCUGCUCGUUUCUAAAGUGUACAUGGAAAUAAAAUUCUUUCCUUUUGUCUCUAGAUGAGCUGGUUUUCAAUGGAAAUAAUGUACACCUUGAUGACAGCAGGUGGCAUUGGAUCGAGUUUAACAAAAUUGGUCCCGCAGUCACGUUAAAAGUCGACGGAAAAACUUUCCCUAAUGUCAAAAUUCCAGGAAAGAGUUUUCAACUAAACGUCGAGGACCAGAGGAAUAGAGCGUAUUUGGGUGGCGGACCAACAGGAGCCAUCAAAACAUCGCACACAAAAAUGAAUUUCUCCGGACUGUUAAGAGAGUUUUACUAUGGAGACAUGGAGCUGUUGGACUAUGUUGUACCUACGACAAAAAGCCAACAAUUUGAGAUAGUUGGGACGGUUAUUAAUAGUGCCACAAUGAUAGAGACAAGUGGGUCGGGAUGUGAUCCAUUUGAUGAUGAUGAGGAUUCAAGCUGUGCGCCACCUGAUUCGUCAACUCAUUCGACAGGUAGGUUAUACAGUGGAACUCAACUCUACGGACAACCGCAUAUAAUGAAAACUUUCGUUUGUCCCGAAGAUAAACUCAUAUAUUCUCUCUAAAAUUAACCCACUAAGUACUGACACCAGUUAAUAUGGACAACGAACACUUUUCUAUGUCACGAGUCACAUAAUCGCAUACUUCGUCAAUCUCUCUUUACGGACACUAAGUGCCUGCGCACUGACCAUGACUGAAUAACUUACCAGUGAAAACCUAACACGCAGAAACAGCGAAUGACCUUUCAAACGUUCUAUAUAGUGUUCACUCCACCUGGCUGAGUCGCCAACUAAAAGUUCCAGUGCAAAGUUAAGUCAUGGAAUUGUUGUAUUUCAAGACAAAUACUUGAAAGGCAGUUUUAGUCCGAGAAAAUCACGAUAGAUGGUGGUGGGGUUUCAACUCGUAAAUGUUAAGGACAAAACAACUUUCCCUCUUAAAAAUGUCUGCUUUAGUGUUUAACAUUAAUAUUUUUUCUGUUUUUCCAAGAUGAUAUGAUGUCGUCAACAAGUGAACCAACUUCGGAUUCAGACUACCCUCCUACUGUUGCUCAGGCCUAA